UGUUCAAGGGGUGUGUGACUGCAAAAACUUCAGGUAAAGAUGUCCUGCACCAUUCUGUAUCUGCUGCUGCUUCUCUUGUUGAGCUGUGCCUAUAUGUCUGAGGUCCAGCAGGAAGAGAACAAAGUGCAGACUGAGAGUCCUGAGCAAAGAGGUGCUGUUUUGAUCACAGCGAUCUACACUGAGCUGACAGAGCUGAAAUCCACUGUGAGUUCUCUGAAGAACAAACUGGAGGUCACUGAGGAACAACUGGAGCAGCUCAGGAGAAAUGAUUAUAAAGUGGCAUUUGCCGCCACACUUGGAAACAUUGGUGACCUUGGACCUUUCAACACUGAUAUCACUCUGGUUUACAACAAGGUCUUUGUGAAUGAAGGAGGAGCUUACAACCCAACCACUGGUAUCUUCACAGCACCAGUUAAAGGCGUCUAUUUCUUCUCUGUCUCUGCACGUCACCGCUCAACCAGACUAUUGGAUCUAUGUCUCUUUAAAAAUGGAGAACCGAUGGUAAAUGUCAUUGAUCAUGUUCUAGGUGACCGCUAUGAAUCAACAGCUAAUUCAUUCUCUUUGACUCUAGAGAAAGGAGAUCAUGUCUAUGUGCGUCUCCGAAAGAAUUCAUGGGUCUUUAAUAAUGUAAAUGACUUAACUUCAUUUGUUGGCCAUUUACUUUUUUUUCUUUGAGGUCUUAUUAAAGUCACGAAGUUCAACAUACUUCUCAACAAGUCUUAACUGCAGGUGAUAAAGAUUUUUUAAGACAAGUGCUGAUUCACUAAAGAGUAAAAUAAAUGCACUAUAACAUAUUCCUUGAGGUUUAAGCCUUAAUGUUUGUUCAUUCAUAUUUCAUGUAAUUUUAUCUCUGUGGCAGUUUUAUUAAAAUCAAUUGUUUGUAAAUGUUAUAAAGUAACUUAAUUUGUGGUUUUAGCUUUAAAUGAUUCUUACAGUGCAGUAGAUUUAAUUAUUGGCAUUACUGAGUCUUCUGAUUUUUACUGAACAAUAUCAGUUAGGCACAGUGUUAUUUUGGUGUAUAAUAACGUAUUUGUAUUUGUAAUUAUGCACACACCAUUGACCAUGUUAAUUAUCCCUAAUGUAUUGAUACUCUUUACACACAGAAUUCAACUUUGGAAAAUUAUAUAUACAUUAGGGAUAUUUAUUCUCCAUAUGUUUCCUUAAUAAAAGAAAC